GCUUUAAAUGGUUUCUGUCCAAGUGGGUACACCCUCAUCUCACCGACAGAAUGUUGUCCGUCCGCCAGCGUUGUCAGUAAGUCCAGUCAGAUAUCUGGCCAGCCAUCAUCUACAACCCCAUCGUCUUCGUGUGUCGAUAAGAUAAAUCCCAACACUGGCAAGUCAGACUGUACUGGAAUGAAGUCGUACUGCACAAACUCGGCUUACCUGUCUCUCAUGCGUGAUCAGUGCCCAAGUACCUGCGGAUAUUGCUCUGGAACGGUAACAGUAACCUCCACGCCUUGUGCCGACAAAACGAAUCCACGAACAGGUGUGAACGAAUGCCCUGGAAUGAAAGCCUACUGUCGUCAAUCCGAUUAUCUUACUCUGAUGAAGUCAGAAUGCCCCAGGACAUGUGGCUACUGUUAG